GUAGCGAAAAGAACGGACCGGCAAAGAAAUUAGUGCAAUCGAAUUAAGGCUGCAAUAAGGCCAAUCAAGUUAUUAAUCGAAUUAACGCGGCUCACGACGACAAAGAAAAAGGUGAAAAAAUGUUUGGCUGCAUUUAUCAGCUGUGGGACUGGUUGGAGGCGCCACCGCUCUUCACCGCCGGCACCAUGGACGCCAAGAAGCUGCAGCAACUGCAGGAGGCGGCGAUUCUCGCCCAGCAGCAGAAGAAGCUGCCGCUGGCCUACCAGACGAAUCUCGUUGACUACCGGACGGCGGCAUAUAGUCAGGCACUCUACCAGCAGUCACCAACGGCCACGAGUUCUAGUGGCGGAGGAGCACUGUCGCCGAUCGAACUCCAACCGCAGUCCAAGCACCAUGGCCUCAUGAAGCACGGUCACGGCGGUGGAGGCACUUCGAGCAGUUCGCACAGUUCCCCUUACCAUCAGUCUUACUCGAGCAGCGGUGGCGGGACAGCCGCUGGUCAGGAGCAGUUGUAUCAAUCACCCACGGAGCGCACCUAUCUGGCGGCAGCGGGCAGGUUGCAGGCCAGCAAUGCCACUGCCGGCCAUCAUCCCAUCUCGGCUCUACAGGCACAGUACCAACAGCUGCAGGCAGCCAAGAUGCAGGCUCAGCUUGCCACCCAGAACGAGGCGGCUCAGGCGCAGCAACGGACCUUUGCCAUGCGACAGGCCAUGAAUCCGCCCACCAAUCAUUAUCACAUGAGUCAGUCCCCCAGCAUGGUGUCCACUCUGACGCAGCAGCAGCAGCAGCAGCAACAGCAGCAGGCACAGCAGCAGCAGAGGGCACCUCCCUCAUCGCUCAAUUUGCAGAAUCAGUAUCAACCAGCUCAGGGUCCACUGAAGCUGCAACAGCAGCAGCAGCAACAGCCUGUGAUGCCCAAACACUACCAGGAGCAGCUGUAUGCCCAGCAGCAACAGAUGCAGCAGCAACAACAGCAGUUGCUGCAACAACAGCAGCAACAGCAGCAGCAGCAGCAUCGACACAAGACCGACCUUCAAACACCUGGCAGUGAGCACGGUACCGUGUACAUUCAACAAAACCAUCCCGGACAUGUGGUGAACCAGGCCUGCCAGACACAGAUAUCGGCUGUUAAGCCCAAGGCCACGCCAAGCUCAGAGGAGUCCUCGACCAACUCGGCCAAGAGUCCUUCGCACGCGCCUUUGGACAGAAAGAAGAGCGCGGGAUCCAUACAGGCUCUUAAGUCACCAAUUACCAAGAGACCACCAUCCACACCGGUGACCUUAUCGGGUUGGUUGCACAAACAAGGUUCCGAUGGCCUAAAGGUGUGGCGCAAACGGUGGUUCGUCCUGGCGGAAUACUGCCUAUACUAUUACAAGGGACCGGAGGAGGAGAAGCUUCUGGGAUCUGUGCUGCUGCCCUCGUAUCGAGUAUCCGCCUGCUUGCCGGAGGACAAGAUCUACCGCAAGUUUGCCUUCAAGUGCGAGCACCAGAACAUGCGGACCUACUGGCUGGCGGCGGACAACUCCGAGGCCAUGAUGCAGUGGGUCAGAGCCCUGGCGGCGGCCAGCUUAAUGCAGGCACCCAGCAGCGGGGAGUCGGAACCCAGUGUGAACUCCUCGUUGAAUCACAGCGGUGAGAACUCUGAUUCCGGGAUUCAUACGUUGCAAUCGCAGCCCAGCAAGGGACAGCCGACGCCAUCCUCGGAUAAUGCGGGAGGAGGAGGCAAUGGAGGCAAUGGAGGAGGUGGAGCCCAGCCGCUCUACGCCAAUGCCCCACCCAAGCCAAGACGUAUCAAUGAUGGAGGCUACUCAUCACCCUCACCCGAGCAUCACGAGCAGCAGCAGCAGCAACACUCCGGUCGCCGUCUGAUGUCGCCCACCCAACAACUCUACCAGCAACAGCAGCAGCAGCAACAGCACCAACGAUCUCAACAGCAGCCGCAGCAGCACCAUGCCAUCUACGACACAAGGACGGGACACGUAUCCACCGCCUUGCAGUUGCAACAGGCCCAGCAGCAGUACUCCCUGGACCAUCUGGAGGCGCAAUUCCAGCAGCAACAACUGGAUAUGGAGGCGCAGAUAGCCAGGUUGCAGCAGCAGCGGGCCGCCGAGGAGAUCUACGGCGAGCGGGAAAUGUACAUGGCCAAGCUGAUGCAGCAGCGUCAGGGAGCAGGCGGUGUCUAUCCCACACAACAGCAACUCUUGCAGGCCGAGAGACGCACUCCGGAUGCCUAUGGGCGAUCCAAGCAGCAGCGCCUGUUCGCCGCUGCCGCUGCUGCAGCGGAUUACGAGGAUAUCUACAACAUGUCACAACUGGCAGGAGGAGGAGGAGCAGGUGGAGCCAUGUCCGCCCAGGAGGCACUGCUUCAGGAGGCUGCUAGCUAUCGGCGUCCCCUCAGCCCGCCCAGCUACGAUGGCAGCAAACAUGUGCCAGCGAUGCCACAACGCUACACACCCAAUCACAUGGAGGCCGGUGCCGCAGAUCAACUAAUCAAUACCAUGGACUUGCGUGCCCGCUCUGUGGCGGCCAUAGUGCGUCCACACUCCGCGGAUUUCCUGGAGUACGAGGCCCGUGCCGAGGCUGCUGCAGCUGCUGCCGCCGCAGCGGUGGCCCAGAGCCAGCAGGAGAGUGGCCGUGCCCCAAGACCCAAGUCCAGCCUGGACAUUAACCGUACCCCAGAUAGCUUCUACUAUUCGGAGGCCAGCUAUGCGGACAAGAUGCGCAAGAGCGCUUUAUAUCUACAGAGCGGAGGAGCGGGUGGAGCCCAGCCCCAGCAGGCGGGUAGCUAUCGUACCGCCACCGGGGACUUUGGCUCUGGAGUAAACACCAUUGGCUAUGAGAAUCCCUAUGAGCGAGCCUACAAGCGGCAGGAGCUGCUGGCCGAGGCACAAGCUCAGGGUGGAGCUGCUAGUAGCAUGCCGCGCAUGAGCCGCUCUGCGAGCCAAGGACGUUCGGUCACCUCGCAGCUGCAGUCGCCGCAGCAGGAGGAUCUGCCGCCCCUGAAUGUGCAUCCGGGUUCCAUUUUCCCGCCAUCGAUGUCCACGCAAGAGAUCAUCAGCAAGAACGAGCAGUUCCUGCGUUCCGCCAGCGCCCGACUGCCCAAGCGGUCGGGUGGCAUGGAUGACGAUUACUCCGCAGGCAACUCGACCACCACCUCGCCCACUGGAGCAUCCAAUUCGCCGCAGCAUAACCAGGAUGGAGAGCGGAAGCGAGAGGAGUCCAUGAAGCGACUGCUCGAGUGGAAGCAGCGCAUGCUGCAGUCCCCAUUGACGCGAAAGGGCAUCCAGCAGGGCGGCAGCAAUAUGUCUGCCAUGUCCAAGCUGGGCAGCAAUCCGAACAUCCUGCUGGCAUCCACAGCUGUGGCCAGUGGAGCACGCUAUGGCCCCCAGGCGGGCAAAACGGGUCUGGUGGGGAAUGGCAACGGCAAUGGGAAUGGUAGUGCCACCGGAGCUGGCAAUCCACCAACAGCCGCUGGCAUCCAGCGAUCCCGAUCGGAGAGUCAGGCAAAUGUGGGUCCUGGCGGAGUGGUGUACAACAGCUACUCCUCGGACGAUGAGGCUGGCACUGUGGAUGAUGAUGAUAACUUGUAUAAAGCGGCGGCAGGAAGGUCACCAUCUAAGGCAGCAGCAACAACAGCAGCAAUAGGUACAACAAUAGCAGCAACAGCAACCGUAGCAAUAGCAACAACAUCAGCAAUAGAAACCCUUAGAAAAGUAGAGAGUCCCAAGCCCACACCAACCACGACGACAGGCCCAGUCACAGGCACUGCCAAAUUCCAACUGAAGCCCAUCCUGAAAGUGCACGAGGCCAGCAAGACCCGCAUUAUUCAGGUGCAGCCCAAACAGCCCGAGGAGGAGAGGCCCAAGCUCAAAUUACACCUGCCCCAGACAAAGGAGGUGGCCAAAGGAGCUUUGGAAGCAGAGCUGGGAGAGCAUCAGGCGGAGCUGGCAGAGCAUCCUCUGCCCAUUUUGCCAAAGAAGGCGGCCCCCAAGUCGCCGCAGAAUGCCAAUUAUGUGCCCGUGUACAGCAAUAAGCUGGUCAGCAACUACGAGAACAUGGAGUUUGGCAAGCCAAUCCCCGAAAGCAAGUCCCUAGAGAGCAGUGAAGCGAUUACGGAUCCCGAGGAGACGCCCAUGCUGAUGCAGCUCAAGUUGUUCAAAGAGCAGCAGCGGCAGCAGCUCGGGGAGAGUGUGGAGCAACAACAGCUGGAGGAGGACCUGACACCCACGGCGGAAAGUAAGCCAAUGCCUGGGGAGGAUUUCGAUGGAAUCAGGGAGAAACAUGGUGGAGAGACUGACGGGGAAGAGGAGGAGGAGCAGGACGAGGAUGAUAGCACUGCCUGUGAGGAGUACACAGAUGAUGAUAUAGAUGAGGCUCUAGCUCAGGAUGAUGAUGACGGAGCUUCAAAAGCAGAUGAAAUGGAGUUGCAAGAGCAGGAGCAGAAGGAGGAAAAGGAAAUGCAACAGAUAUAUGUGAAUGAGCCCAUCACUCCCACCGAACAGCAGUUCGACGAGAGUCACUAUUUGCCCAUGACGCCCAAGAAGGCGGAACUGGGCCAGCCAGGAGUCCUUACACUGGUGGCCACACAUGAGAGCUAUGAGGAGGAGAAUCACUAUGUGGAGAUGACAAAGGGCAUCCAGGACGAGGAUAACAAGGGCAACUACGAGAUCAUGUGCCUGGCAAGCACUAGCUCCAGCGCCUUCAAGCCGGCCACCAAAUCGGAACCGGUCUAUAUGGAAUUAGCUGGAGUCAAGGGCGCCCCACCGCCACCGCCAACCGAAGAGGCUCACUGCUCCUCAGGUCGGUCCACCCUCAAGAAGGGCAAGAAGUCUGGAACGGAGUCUUUAAAGAAAAAAACGAAAAAACGGCAGGGCAAGGACAUGCCCGACAUCCUCAAGCCCGCCAAGAGUGCCCUGGCGUUGGCCAGCGAUAGCUCUGAUGCUGAUGACGAGAGCAGCCGGCAGCAACUGGAGGCGAAGAAACUCCGCUCCAGGUCGCGAUUCAGUCUGUCGGAUACCUUUAGGCCUGCUUCAUACUACUUGGGAGCCUCCACGCCCCUCAACAACUAUGCAGAGAGCUCGGACAGCGAGAUACUGCCACCACCGCCGAUUCCAGACUCACCGCCGCCCAUGGAGGAUCUCAAAACAGAAGAGAUCUUCUCCUCGGAGCACUAUGACACAGUAAAGAGACGGGAUAGCCAAAGCAAGGUCACGUUGUCAUACGAACAACUGCCCAAGAUGCAUGCCAGCAAUACGUCCCUGAACCUACCAAAGGCUGUCCCUAGUCCCACUCUAAAGAGCAGUCGCCUCUCUUUGCCCGAUCACUUUACCAAGGUGAGAGCCACUCCUCCCCAGAGACUACAGGUGGUAGCAACGCCAUCGCAGCAGCACCACGCCCGCACCUUGUCGGACUCCAAUUACAGCUGUCAGCUGACGGAUAACAGUGGAUCCCGCACUUCCUCUGACCUGGAUUUGUACCGCCGGAGGGGACAGCAGCAACGCUGUACCAGCAACAACUCUCUCCCUCUUAGCAGCGAGAGUGAGUCUGUGGAAUUCCGACAGAGAUCCGACUCCGAGUUGGAUCGCCAACGAUCAAGGAGACCGCUGUCCCAAGAGUCCAUCAGCGAGAUAGAGUCAUUGAGCGAACAGUUUGAGGAAACGCUAAGCAGCCACGAACUGGACACCUAUCUGAGUCACCUUCACCUGCCCACCGGUCAGGCCACUCCCACAAGUCACCAUCUUCUGAACGAUGCCAAUGCUGCAGCGGGAGCCGAUAUCCUAACCAACCUCAUCAAGCCACCAAAGACAUUCCGCAAUGCCGAAGAUGAAGAGCAGCACUUUUAUGGGAACAUACACUUCCUGUCCUCCACGGACUCUAUCCAACAGUUGGGUGAGGGAGCAGCAGCUGCACUGAUGGUCAUGCAUAGUAGAAACAAUAGCAACAUAUCCACGCAAUCUGCACCUUACUAUUACUCUGAGCUGCCAACAGCGGCAGCCACUUUGAAUAAUCAGCGGGAGAUCCAUGCCCAUGGGCUGAACAUUGCGCACAUUCACAAUCCCAUCAACAGACAGCAACAGUUCGAUAUGGAUGCAUUGGUGGACAAGGAUCAGGCAAUUGAUAGCAAGAAUCUGUACUGCGUAAAGGACAACAACGAAAAGCUAAGCAACAAGCUGAACAACCUAAAGCUAAAGCUGGAUGCGGCAGAGCCACCGGAGAGUGGCGGUAGUGGUGCACUAAACCCAUCACAUUCAUAUCUCACAACUACUAAAAACACAAACCUCGCUCGUAAGACGAUUGGUGGUAGCAUCCCGUUGGAUGGUGGAAGUGGCGGAGCCCCUAACAACGAUGGUGCUGGUGAUGAUGCUGGUGCCGAGGCCGGAGGCAAGACCCAGAUCCCAUCGAAUAAUGCCAAUCAAAACCUUUCAGUUCUAGGUGGCGAGCUGCUCUGGGAGGAGGAUGCCCUGUGGCGGGAGAGUUUACGUAGGGUAUCCCAGAGGCAUGCGCGUUCCCUGGAUGACCUGGACAGGAUUGCCACAGGUCCGGUGUCCAGCUCCACGCCGAAGGUAAAGCUUACCAGAGAGGUGACCUAUGUCAAUGACAGCCUGAAGCCACGGCAGCAACAGCAGCAGCAGCAGCAGCAGCUGCAACCACAGUCACAACCUCAAAUCAAUGACGAGCAUGAUGUCUAUGUUCAGCUCCUGGACAACUCCACCCUCAGCCAGGACCAGACGGAUUCGGAUGUGUAUGAAGUGCUGCGAGAGGAGACUGCCUCUAAUUUGUCGCACAAAUCCAAUGAGCUGGAUCGCGAGACCAUUCGCCAGUGGGAUGCCAUGUCCAGUGGACUAAUGAAGAGUCACCACAGCAACACAGAGGCUGCGGGGACACCCAGCUCAGGAUCAGCCGUUGCCCAUCUGCCCCUCACCAGCAAUGUGCGCUCCAUCAUCCAGCAGUUAAAUAGCAGCGGUGAUGACGCCAAUGGCAAUCCCAUGAACAAGUCAACGAGGAGUACCUCGAUUUCGGUGCGCAAUGUGAGCAAUCUGCCCAUGGGUAAUCUGACGGUGAAGCCAGAUCCCUCGGAUGCCAUGCACCAGGAGUCUGCCUUCGCCCCUUACUAUGGAGGAGCGGCCGAGACGAAAUAUGCCAAGAACACAGUGCUCACGGAUCGGGGACUCUACGCCGGAAACGGUGUCCAACUGGCCACAUCAACGCCGCAGCAUCAGCAGCAGCAGUUCCGGAUGCGACGCACUGGCAGUCGGGCGGAGAUCGAUAUGCUGGAGCGGGAAACGAGCACUCAGAUAAGGAAUCGCUUGCGCAGUGCCGAGGGAUUGACCAGAGCCGAGAGCAUCCAGAGAUUGGAUUACUUGAAGCAGCACCUGCUCGACCUGGAGCGGCACUAUGAGAAGAGCAAGCCGCUGGUCAAUCUGGUGGAUAACAUGGUCAAGUUGGGAUCCUUGUAUCGCAACGAUGCCAAUGGUCGAGUCCAACCCGUUACCAUAGAGCGUUUGGAGUUCAAUCAGCGCAUGCAGGAGCGGAACAUGCUGCAGGAGGAGCAGCAACAGUGGGAGCGUUUGAGUCCCAAUCAGGCGGAGUUGCAGGUACGUGAGCUAUACCAACUGGAUCAGUUGUUGCAGGAGGAGUCUGGGACUCUGCAGAGUCUCCAGCGGGACAAGGAGGACCUCGAGCGUGCUCUGGGAGGACUCAGAGCUCGUAUCCACGAUAGCAAUGCCACUCCAAUGGCCCUGGAGGCCGCCAAGAAGCAGCAGCACAUCCUGGAGCGCGAACUGUCGCGGGUCCAUCAGCUGCUGGCCGAGAACUCAAAGAAAUUGGAGCAGACAGUGGCGGGAAAUGCCCAUCUGGAGCAGGAGCUUCUACUUCUUCGUCAGAAGGUGCAGGCCAGCCGUGGAGAGGUCGCCAACGGAAUGGGUAGUGAUGCUGCACACAUCAAUGGAGAUCAGACGGCCGCCGUGUUGCAGUCGGAGUUGGAGAGAGUCCAGUCUCUGGUGGGUGACAUGCAGAGGCAGCGCCACGAACUCAGCUCGGCGGUGCGCCAGCUCACAGAAAACUCAACCAGGUUGUACCAGGAGAUUGGAAAUAAGGAGAUGAACGGUGGUGGCUCCACCAAUGGCAGUCUGAAAAAGCGCAGCAACUCUACGAGCUGGACAGAAACCGAUCUGGAUGCCAACAUGUUGCGAAGCGGCAGCCGUCAGCAGUUGAAUGACUCCUCCUUGAACCUAUCUACACCCUUGUAUGUGGACACGAACAAUGGUUCGACCAAGCUGAGCGACUACAACCGAUACAAUGGCGGCGGAAGCAGCGAUGCCCUGGAGAUGAGUGGAGUGGAUAGCGAUGGCUUCUUGGACAGCAAUCCUUUCGCCACCGCCCUGGAGAAGCAGGAGAUCAAGACGGUGAGAAUUGUAAAGCGGGAAUCUGAGCGGAGGCAUCGUGAUCGCAGCGAAAGGGGACUCAGCAGCUCCACACAGAACCUGGAUCAGGUCCUGGAGGAGGAGCAGUAUGCCCAGCAACAGCAAAUGCAGCAGCAACAACUGUACGCCCAGAGCUUGGAGGAGCAGAUGAGCAAUGGCCACCACAGCCGCUCCAAGUCCCUGCCCCGGAACUACAGUGAGCCCCCCAAGCCGCGACACAGUCGCCACAUGAACGGAAAGCAGAAUGGCCACCACUACAACGGUGGCUACGAUUACGACCGGAACAGCAACUACGAGCACCAGCCGCCACCACCACCGGCUCCCCAGAGCAAUGGACACCAUCACUCGCAGCGAGAGCAGCGGGAGCAUCUGAAUCCACUGGCCAAUGCCUACUUUGCCAAGCAACUACAGCAGCAGGCGAAUCCCUCCCGGGACAGUGCACGUGUGGCCCUCAGGACCAAGACCGAUUCCCUACAGAGCCUCAACAAGAGCUUGACGGACAUCAGUCCGGAGCCCGUGUUUCAGAGCGUGGCUGCUCGCCAGAUUAUCAACGAAAUGUCCGCUGGUUCGGCAUCGGAGGACACCGAGAAGGUGGUGGAGAAGGUGCCCCCUCCGCAUAAGCAUCGUCGAGCGGUUCCCCGCGAGAAGAGGCGACACUAUACGGCACCCAACAAUGUCAACCAAAAGGCCAUGGAGAAGGUACAAGCUGAAAACGAUAUGAAUCGAAAUAACACAAACUGGCGAGCACGCGAUGAUCUGGACAUGGAAGUGGCUCUGAGGCCAAGGAUGAAUGCUCCUGAUGUGAUUCGUUCUGCCCUGGGACAGGGUGAGAAGAUCUCGGAGAAUACCAUUGAUAACUUGCUCUUGGCUCCAAACAAAAUAGUCAUACCCGAGCGUUACAUACCAGAAACACUGUCGCCGGAGGAGAAGAAGCGUCGCCAGGAGAAGGUGGAAUCCAUCAAAAAAAUGCUGUCCGAGGCGCCUCUUAGCAGCAAUGAAAAUGAGACCCUGCCGCCGAGCAAAAUCAAUGCGGAGAAGAAACAGCGCGAACACCUUUUGCAGCUAAAUCAAAUCCUGGCCCAGCAGGUGAUGCAGGUCAGCAAGAUUGUGGCCGGCAACCCCACUAGUCACAACUAAUCCGCAAGUAGCCAAUCGAGUUGUUUCUGUUCACAUUUUGUGUUUUUAUUUGCAUUGCAUUCGAUUUUCGUUCACGUUGUGUUUUCUGUUUCUUUGCAAAUCGAUAAGUGAGUGAGAGGGUUCGCGGUAUAUGAAUUUGCUGUACUUACACACACACCAAACAUAUGAGCAUACAUAGAACAAACAUACAUAUAUAGAACGUAACACCUAAGCAUACGGUAACUGCAGUUAUAACAACAAGAACACACGCGAAGUUUACAGCAUGCUAAAUUAAAAAAAAACUCACUGAAACUCACUUCACAACAAAAAAUACUAAAAACAAAAAUAUAUGAAAAACAAACGACAACAAAAGUAUAAACAGCAACGCAAUAGCAACAAGAACAAGUACAACAACAACAAAAUAAGCACAAAGAACAACAACAACAACCAGAACAAGAACAACAACAACAGUAAUACGAUACCGUAAGUCCAGGUUUGUACACAUUACGUUUAUACAAUAACCAUAAAUAAACCAUAAGCAAAUAUUGUAGCUUCCAUGCCAUGCCUAUUAUAAUACAUAAUUAUUAUCACUCUGAAAUCUCUGCUCUGCUUAGCCUAGAAACUAUAUUGGCCCAAUAUCACUUUGCACGCCCUAAUUAUAACUAUAGGUUUUAAUAAAUAUAUAAAUGAAAUUUGCACUCGUAACACUAAUCAAACAAAUAUCACACACACGCAAAGCACACAAAACUUACCAAACAUUCUAAAGAACACUAAAACUAGUAACACAAUACACUGAGCACAGUAUUUAAUACAAGCACCAAAAAGUGCAAUUAAAUCGGAAAUUAAUAAAGGGAAAAGUUUUAAAUUUUAAUAUUACUUUUUGAGAAAUAUUCAAGAGCUAAGCUCAGUUUUCCGUCAGUGUACUUAUCCCGGAGCAACAUUCCGUGGAGUUAAGCUUGAGUUAAGUUACUCAGCAACUUGUUAUCUCUCGGGAUAACUAAUUAGCUGCCUAAAAACCUUGUCACUUGAAAGAUUAUAAAGUCUCGCAAGAAAUGUUUGAGAAAGUUUUGAAAUUAAAUUUCAUGCAAAUAGCUUAGUUUUCAACUAAAUUUCUGCACUGCCUAACCUGCGUGUAAAACUUGUCAAA